GCCGGGUGCGGUGUGUGGAGGAGCCGGGCCCGGUGCGGUGUGUGGAGGAGCAGGGCCGGGUGCGGUGUGUGGAGGGGCCGGGCCGGGCCGUGAGGCGCGGGGCUCUCACCGAGCAGCUCCCGGUGCUUGGAGCCGGGGGCAGUCAGGCCGCAGGACGGGAUCUGGAUCUCAGCGGGGUUUGCUUUUUACACCACAUCACGAUUUCAGUUAUCCUGCUGAUUCUCCUUACCCUUUCUGGUCCAUCUCUGUGCACUUCCUCCCUAUGAAAUUGGGGAAUUUUUUUAUUCUUUUUUUUUUAAUACAUGUGUACUAUACUGGAUCCCUGCUCUUAUUUUAGGUUUGUACCUCCUAAAGAAGUACAAGUCAAGAUCAUAGAUUGUCACUAACUUACUUUUAAGCCAAACCAAAUGAAAUGAGUUCCUGCCAGGACAUGCACAUCUAGAGAUGAGACUGAAAUCAUUCAGCAGCCAGCCUGGUGUCUGACAGCCACCAUCUCCCUCAUACUUGCAGUAGUUACAAAAUAGUAUUAGUUUUUUUCCUGGAAAAAAGGAAGUCAUAGGUUGCAAGCUGAUUUGUGCAUUACAUAAUUUUUAAAUAACUUCGAAGGUAGUUAGCUACUACAGAGCCAUUUUCAUUGUCAGUAAUUUGUUUUAAUUAUAGGGUAAAGACUUUAAUAUGUUCACCUGCAAGAGUGUCCAGGAACACAUAAUAAACGUAUAAGUUGCACAGUGAAAAAUCUCUGUCUGGUGGAAAUCUUAACUGUAGAGAAAGACUUUUUAUGGUUUUUUUGUUUUUUCAGAAAUAUCUGAAGCACCAGUGCAAUUUUUAGCACAGGAGCAGUUCAGCUGCUAGUUGGAUAAACUGAAAACGUGCAGUUGUAUUGUCAGUGUUUUUAAAAGAAUGCUGAAAAAUUGUAGAGGGCAGCUAAAAGUAAGAAAUAACUUUGUGGCUGAAAAAACUAUUUCACAAUUGGAACAGAUCAUCUACUUAAUUUGUCAAGACUUAAGAGACAGUAAUAUCUUUGAAGCAUCCACAGAGAGUUAAGGUAGUGCUGAGGUCUAGUUGAAUAGAUGGAUUUCCAUUAAACUUUGGUCACUUCAUGGUGAAGUUGAUAUUCUCUAACUGGAAAAAAUAUUAAUUUUUAAGAGGCUUUUUUGCAUCAAGUGGAGCUGUGGUAUAUUCUGCACUGUAAGCAGCAUUUUAGUAAUAUAUUAGUCAUUCUGAAAGAAUAUGAAUCGCCAAUAUCAUUUUGAGCUUCAUGUCCAGCUUUUUUCCUCUUGUUGUGUGCAAUAUAGGGUCACGUUUUGGAUAAUAAACAACAGAGAUUUUAUAAUAAAAAUUUACAGAGCAGCCAGAGUAGGGGGAUUGGAAUGCCAACACAUGUUAUGAAUGCAAUAGAAUUUGAGCAGGAACUCACAGGAAAAAAUUCAAAUCUCUGAGUGAGAUUCAGAAACUUCUGUUGGUUACCUUUGGGAAUAUUUUGCACAGCAGUGCUGCUGUCUCUCCUUAAGAGAAACUCAUCUUUAGAUAAAAAAUGACAGCAAAGAGACAUUGAGGCUGAUGAGGUUAAAUUGGGUCAUAGUUUAAAAUAACAGUUUGUUAAGUGACUUCAAGUUGCAGGCAGAGCCAAAGUAAUUGAUCUCCCAGGCAAUACAUGAAAGUCAAAAUGAAUGAAAAUACAGAGAUAAAAUUAUAAAACAGUUUUUAAAUUGUGGGUUUCCAUAUUACCAUUGGCCAUUCUGACCUCUCAAGAAGAUUAGGCAAAACAAGAAUUAUAUAGGUGAGAGACAAGCACAACGAUAUCUUUUUCAAACAAUAACAAAGUAACAAUUUGUGAUGCACUGCAAGUGCAUAUAAUUUUGUGUUGUACAAGUGGAGAUGUGUUUCAGUGUAACAUCUUGAUCUGACCAGAAGGGUUGGACAGAAUUCAUUUUUAUCAGGAUUGCAUAAAAAUGGGGACAAGAGGGAGCAGUCAGCACACUGCAGGGUGGGAGGCUUUUUAUCCAGAGCAGCCAUUCUUGUGAAAAGCAGUGUUCUACCUGAAAAUGAGCAGGCUUAGAUUUCUGACCUCUGACUAAGGGAAUUUGUUUGUGGGUUUUUUUCCAGAUGCCUGGAAACCUGUAACAUUUAUGGCCUUGUCUCCAGAACUGUAUUUGAUAAAAAUGUUCUGGGUUUGAUUGCCCAGUCUUACUUUUUGUGUCUGCCUUAAUGUAUGAACCAGAUGAAGCUGAUGUUAGCAUCUCUCUGCUCUUUGGAGGAGCUAGCAUUUCACCACCCAACAUGAUGCAGCUGGAAUGAAAUGUUAAGGAUGAGAGAGAUCCAAGGACUGUUUGCAAAGGGAGAAACAAAUGGCAUACAAAUUCUCUCUUUUUCACCUCUAGCUGUGAUUUUUGUGUUGAAAGCAGAGUUCUCCAGACACUGAAACUUCUCCCCUGGCACAGAUGAUGUCCUGCCAGAUGGAAAAUCUGUCAGCAUUUGUUUGGGUUCAUAGCCAAGAACAUAAUGAGGCUGCAGCGUCUGGGGAUAACCCAUGUUCUGAAUGCAGCAGAGGGGAAAUCAUUCAUGCAUGUGAACACUAAUGCAGAGUUCUAUGAAGGCUCAGGCAUCAGAUACCAUGGCAUUAAAGCUAAUGACACACAGGAAUUUAACCUCAGUCGCUACUUUGAGGAGGCAGCUGAUUUUAUUGACAAAGCCCUUUCCCAGAAGGAUGCCAGCCAUUGCAGCAUAACGCUGAGCUGUGACUGUCUCCCUGCAGGCCAGGUGCUGGUGCACUGCCGGGAGGGCUACAGCCGCUCGCCCACGCUGGUCAUCGCGUACCUGAUGCUGCGGCGCGGCAUGGACGUGCGCGGCGCGCUCUGCGCCGUGCGCCAGCAGCGCGAGAUCGGCCCCAACGACGGCUUCCUCAGGCAGCUGUGCCAGCUCAACGAGCGCCUGCUGAAGGAGGGCAAGGUCAAAGCCUAGGCACGGCGCCGCAGAGGUUUUGGUUGCAGUUUGGCAGGGCUGGAGAAGGAUGGGUUAGGCGCUUUGGAGACGCAGAUUUCAAGCGGCGGGCUGGAAUUCCUGCUCGGCUGGUGGAAGUGUCUGUCUGGAACUCUGUGAUGCUUUUGAGAUGGGACAGAAUGUGUCGCUGUUUGGAGCUGUUGCCAAAAAGGGGUGUUUGUAGAGGGAUGACUCCAGCUGUCUCACACAUUUCAGAGCCCUGCAGACUCCAUAGCAUACGUGGUUUGCAUUGACAUUGAAUGUGAUUUGUUUAAGCUUUGGCUUUAGUCUCACCAUGUUAGCAGUGUGCAGGAACACAUAAUCACUGAAAGAUUGUAUGAAGUGCUUUUGUUGAGGAGCUUUGGGUGUCAGGGGUCCAGACCCAAAUCUGACUCCAGCAUGGGUUCAGGAUGAACACGUUUUUAUACCCUUAUUGUUAUAUAACUACCUAUUAAUUAUUAAACUUACAUUGUUCUGUUGUAUACAUUGAUUUCAUUCAAGCAUGGAUUUUUGUAAUUUGACGAGCCCUUGGGGACACUGCACUGGGACUGUCCCAGUGCCACUCCCAGUGUCCCCAUUCCCUGUUCCCAGUGCAAACUGGAGCUGGUGGAGGGGUCCCCUGUGGCCUGCAUGGAGCUGGAACUGUUUGGUGCUGAGGAGGAGCCCUUGGGGACACUGGACUGGGGCUGUCCCAAUGUCCCCAGUGCCACACUCCCAGUGUCCCCAGUGCCAUUCCCAAUCCGAAAAUCUAAUACAUUGAUUUCAUCCAAGCAUGGAUUUUUGUAAUUUCCAUCAAACCCCCCAAACAUAAUUUCUCAUUAUUCUUGUUACAAUUAAACAAUAAUGAUAUCCAAUUACCAAACAAUCAGCACAUUUAACAAUCAUAUCACUUAUCAUAUAACAAUCAUAUCAUUUGCCAUAGUCAUUAAAUGAUUAUACAGGUGCAGUUUUGCAUGAUCCAGUAAAGCCUAACAUUUUCCCAGGGCCUACCAGUCCCAACCUUUCUUUCCAACUCCCCUGAAUAUCCCAUGAUUUUAGAAACAUUUUAUCCCUAUACCAUCAACCAGAGCACCAGCUCCCAAAAGCCGCAGCACAUCCCCUCACUCACUCUUAAUAGGAGCACUAUAAUUUCUAAAGUUUCUUUUUCAUGCACACAGGUGCCUAAAGUUUGAAUGUAGGAGCUUCAAGGAAUGGGAAUGCAUAUGUACAAAUGCACAGAUGCAUUCACUUGGAAAAUAAAGUGUAUGCAGUGUUUUGUGUGGAUUUAUGCAAUACACAGUGUGAGAGUAAAGCCAUGCUGAACCCAUGCUUGAUGCACACUGUGUUUCCAAGAAUAGUUUUUUAUCUCUUCUGUUACAAUGGACAUUAAAUAGUCUGUUAUUAAAUGCUCUUUUUAUUUUGAAGUCAUACUAGGAAAAAAAUGUCAAGAGCAAAUGCUGAGGGAAGAACUUGAACAAGGAAGAAAUAAUAUUAGUAUUUAGAAGUGCUUGUGGUGGAUGUAUCAUUUAAGUAUCCUAAUAUAAUGCCUUUCAAAGCUUGUAUGGAAUUACAGUGUCUUUAUCUCUUCUUUACUGUCACUGUUCAGUAACAGAAUGGAAUGACCACACAUGCAGAUUCCUUCCAACUUAAAAAGCAGUUUGCAGAAGAACACUCUUGACUUCUUGGAUUGCUUGCAUGGUAUCAUGAAAUAAAAAUGAGCAUUGUAAUGUACCACACUGUAUAGGAAAUAUUUACAUUCUAUUCAAAUAAAUGAUGACUUGGUUCUGUUUACUACA